AUGCCGCUGCCAUACGACCUUUGCGCUCGCGUACAAAACGCGUUCCGCGCGCGACACCAUAAAAUUGCUCUUGACCACAACACACAGAAUCUCGGCAUCCUCUCUAUCCUUUUGCGCGCCGGUUUCAUCUCCAACCUCAGUCGUGGCACCAUCGAGACGCCAGACCCGUCGGAAUUCGACAAAGCGUCUGAAUCCCAGCGGAGGAUAUGGGCCGACCUCAAAUACCGCGACGACCGGCCGGUUUUACACGACAUGGAGCUUAUAAGCAAGCCUAGCAAACGCGUUUUCAUGGACGUGUCGGAGAUACGGUUGAUAUGCUCGGGACGUCGCGCCCAGAAGGUGAAGCCUUUGGGAAUGGGGGAGAUUGCUGUGGUGAAGACGAAGAACAAGGAAUUUGAAUGGCUGGAGGCGAGGGAGGCUCUGCAGUUGAAAAUACCUGGAGAGGUAGUGUGUCGAGCACGCUGA